GAGGGAAGUUUAAGGGUAGCAGUAAACAAGGAGCUUGAGACUGUCCCUUUGGGGAAUCAACAGCAACAGCUUUGGAGAGCCACUCUUGGAAGACUCCAGUCCGCAAAGAACCUUCCAUCAAGACUCACAGGAUCUUAGUGGUGAUGCAAUCCUUACAGAAGUUUAUACGGCUUUGCUCUUCGGUGGAUACUCUGUAAGGGUCAGGGUGUCUCCAAGAGCACUCUCCACUAGCAAGGAAAAGAAAUGGGUGAAUUAUGAGUCUUGACAAUUGCUGAUCUUGAGCUUCUGGGGAGGUCCUCUAUAGAACUGAUAUCUUAGUGCCAGCCUCACCGCCUCCAAUUGGUUCCUUGCCUGCACCACCUACUCAUCUCCCAACUGGAAAAAAAAAAAUGCUUGGAAACGACACAACCCUGACACCUGGGAGCAUAAUGUAUAUCACUGUAGAGAUUGUAAUUGGACUUUGUGCCAUCGUAGGCAAUGUGCUCGUCAUCUGGGUGGUGAAGUUGAACCCAGGCCUGCAGAAUACCACCUUCUACUUCAUUGUCUCUCUGGCCCUGGCUGACAUCGCUGUGGGAGUGCUGGUCAUGCCUCUCGCCAUUGUGAUUAGCUUGGGCAUCACCAUUCAUUUCUAUAACUGCCUUUUUAUGACCUGUCUGCUGCUGGUCUUUACCCACGCCUCCAUCAUGUCCUUGGUGGCCAUUGCUGUGGACCGCUACCUGAGGGUCAAGCUCACAAUCAGAUACAAGAGAGUGAUCACUCAGAAAAUCAUAUGGAUGGCCCUGGGGUUCUGCUGGCUGGUGUCCAUCCUGGUCGGGCUGGUUCCCAUGUUUGGCUGGAACGAGAGACUGAGCCCAGGGGUCUCUGGGAAUGCCAGCUUCCUCCCGUGCCGCUUCCGUUCCGUGAUGAGGAUGGACUACAUGGUCUAUUUCAGCUUUUUCACCUGGAUCCUCAUCCCGUUGAUCAUUAUGUGUGCCAUCUAUAUUGACAUUUUCUAUGUCAUCCGGAACAAGCUCAGACAGAACUUCACUGGCUCUAAAGAGACAGGUGCAUUCUAUGGGAGGGAAUUCAAGACAGCCAAGUCCCUGCUUCUUAUCCUCUUCUUGUUUGCCGUAUCCUGGCUGCCUCUGUCCAUCAUCAACUGUGUUUCUUAUUUCUUCCCUGAUGCUUACAUACCCCAAGAGUUGCUCUGCUUGGGCAUCCUGCUGUCUCAUGCCAACUCCAUGAUGAAUCCCAUUGUGUAUGCUUGCAAAAUAAAGAAGUUCAAAGAAACCUACCUCCUGAUCCUCAAAUCCUAUGUCCUACACAUACCUUCUGUGUCCUUGAGCACUGAACAAAUUUCAGAAUAGAGAUCCUGGGAAUGACAAUUGCCCUUGACUCUCAUCACUUCUUUUGCUGGAGACUGAGGGAGUCCUUUGGUUCAGCAUCUCAUUAACUGGAUCUACACAUCCCCCUCUGUCUUUGCUCUGCAGAGGAUUGGACUCCAGAUGGCAGCUAUUAGAAAACUCAGCCACCCGUACUCUGCUCUUCGUUAAUCUUAUGGGGAAGUCUGAGCAACAAGUGCCAGAGAUUGCUUCAUUUCUUUAUCUCUAAAAUGGGAACUCCAAGACUCAGUAGGUGGUAAACAUGUUGGACGAUGAUUGAGGUCUGAGCCAUUGUAUCCACCUUCCUCCUAACAACGGCCCUGUUGGAAGGAUGGAUGGGAAGCAGGCUGAACAGAAUGGUGGUUUGAACUACUUAGUUAACUUGCAGGCAUACUUGAUCAAAUAAAAGAUGUUACCUUAA